GUGAGCAAGCAGCAAGCAAUGUUUCGGGGAAAGCAGACCGACCAAAGGCGAGUUGACGGGUUGACGGGUUGACGACAUCAGACCGACAACACCCAAAGUACCGUCCGGGUCACGGGGAAUGCGAAGACCAUUUUUUCCUGCCAGCAGAACCCGCCUUAUGAUAAUGAAUGAUUUUUGGAGAAUGUACAAUCUAUCUAGUAUCUACUGUGAGUUCGUAGGAGCUUCUCUGGCCAUUCUCCACCUAAUCAAGGUAACCAAGGUGACACACGGUACUGCUUUCGCUGGAGGAUCGCAACGGGAAAUAUAUGUAUUGAUCAAGGAGCCAUUCAACCAUAGGUGAUCCAAACACUACAGUAAUCUUACUGUGCGACCUGUGAUUGGUAGUUUUGCCA